UACUCUAGUUUGCAAACUACUUCAAAUUCUUCUGAUUUCAACAUCCAAUUAGGCUUGGUGAUUCGUCGGAUAUCGCCCGCUUGCUUUCCUCCCCAUUAUCCUUUACAAUGUGAUGCCAAAGAAAAGGAAAAGAUCGACGUCUCGAAAGUAUUCUCGCUGUCUCACCUUCCUAUCAAAUCGGCCACAUCUACCUACAUAACUCUAAUACCACCCAAGAAACCUACUCCUAGAUUAAGCUUUCUGACAGUCUCUCCGAAUGAGUUAGAGGCGUAUCUGUUGCAUCUUGCUUAA